CCUCACGAGAGAGAGAGAACGCCAGCCCGCCUGUGGGGUGGGCUCGCCCGCCACCGCGCCGCCUGCUCUCUGUUCGUGCUGGGCCCAGAGGACGCUGUAGGAGCUGCCACCAUGACUGUAACGGGGCUAGUUCGGUUGCUUGGCUGCAUCCCGGCCACCGCGUGGAGAGCGGCAAGAUCUCCCCUUCUAUGUCAUUCUGUGAGGAAAAUAAGUUCUCAAGAAGAAAAAUCCAAGCCCAUCAAACAGUCUCUUAAGAAGCCAAAGUUACCAGAAGGUCGUUUUGAUGCACCAGAAGAUUCUAAUUUAGAGAAAGAACCACUGGCAAAAUUUCCAGAUGAUAUUAAUCCUGUUACCAAAGAAAAAGGUGGACCCAGAGGCCCAGAACCUACCCGAUAUGGAGAUUGGGAACGAAAAGGACGCUGUAUUGAUUUUUAAGCCACAUAUUGCGUCUCAGCCUUUUGGCUAAGAUCAAGCGUGAUUUUUAAGCCACAUAUUAUUAACUUCAGUAUCUUUUUUUUAAUUAAUUUAUUUUUUGUUAUUUUCUUUAUUUCUUUUAAGUCAUUUAAUCUCUAUAAUGUGUUUUAAAACACAAAUAAUGUCUUGAAAGGAAAUAUGUUGCUAUAAAUUAGGAAAGAGGAAAUAUUUCUACAUUAGAACAUUAAUUUUAACUUAAAUACAUUGGAGUAUAUAAAUGAUGAUUAGAGCUGCAAACGUGUUUCAUAUCAUUUUGGCUUAAAUUAACCAGCUACUUAUAAAAUGCAAAUAUAAAUAAAGCAAGUUUAAUGAUUUUUAUUGCUAUAUGCUAGGUAAUAGUGGCAUUUUGAAUGUGAGUUAAGGAACACAUUAUAGUUUCAUAAGGCCACAAUAACAACAGAAAGUCUAACUCCAGAGCCAGAUUUCUUGGGUUCAAAUCCUGGCUUUGCUACUUACUAGCUGUGUGACCUUGGUUAAGUUAUUUAACUUUCCACACCUUAGUAUCUUCAUGUGUAAAUUGGAGAUAAUACUGCCCUUAAUGGGCAGUUGAGAACUUUAAAUGAGUAGGUACAUGUAUUUAGAAUAGUAUAUAGCACAAACCUCUCAGUGUUAGCUCUCUAUAAAUCAUAAAUGUAUUUUUCCAAGUCUCUAGGCUUUCUGGGGGGAAAUAUUAAGAAAUUAGGUUUGAAAUACUUGAAUUGAAAUUGUUUUAUAUGAACAUAGCAUUAUAAAAUCAUUAGUUAGAAAACUAAUCACUAGUUAGUGGUUUUUUGCAUGAUGAACUGACCUGAAAUAUGCACUAUUAAAUCAAAAUUUAGGUACAGAGGGCCAAUAUGUGACAAAAGUGGGGGAUGAAAUGGGCCAGCUUAGUCAGUUUUGAUGACUCAAAAGCUCUUAUCCUGUGGCCUUUGGAUAACUGGGUCAGGAAAUAUCGAGUCCGGUUUACAGAAGUCGAAUGAAGGAAGAAGAGAAACUGCUGGACUUGCCUAGGGCAACCCAUGCUGGCCUCCAGCCUUACUCAGUCUCAGAGAUUGGGCCUUCAGCACUCGGGUUACACUUAAAUUACUUAGGAAGAAAGAGUUUGCGGGGCAUAUAGAAGACAAUGCAGUGGGCUGAUAAUUGUGUGAUAUGAAUUAUAAGUAAUAUUAUUUGAGAAGGUUGUAGGAGAUUUAUUUACAUAAAUGAACUUUUUGUAAAGUGUAUCCUCAGAAACAAACUAGUGUGGUAAUUGGGCCUAGUCAUCCGUCUUUGUCAACAUUUGUUCUUCUAAUGGCAGUUGCUUGGUAUGUUGCUAAGUAAGAACCACAUUCCUUUAAAAACCUUCUGUAAUUUAGUCAACCUUCAAUUAGCCCACAUUAAUGAAGGCUUUUAUUAUGUUCACAUUUCAGAAAUACUGUGUCAGAUUAUUUUGUAUUGCAUAGUUUUGCUUGUGUUUAUGAUGUGAUACAGAAAAGACAGCUUAGGCACUUCAAAAACUAAUAUAAAAGAUGUAACAACCAAA